AGCAGGGGAACUGCACAGGCUCUGAUGCUUGCGCUGAUCUCAGUGUGUGAGAACAAUGUUAAUCUGUGUGAGUGUUUCCUCUCCUCUCUGCCUGAUCUGAGUGCACGUCAGCAGCACCUCGAGCCAAGAAAAAAAAAGUCUUUUUUUUGAGAGUGUGCUUCUUGGACAGAAUCACCCCCCCCCCCCCCCCCCCCUCUGCCCCCACCCUCCCACAGGAGAAACUGGGACCAUCCAGCUCUGAGAUGUCUUUUGAGAGUAGGAUAAACCAGAGUGCAGAUUGUUAAUAUUUUUUUUUUUUCUUCUUCCUGCAUUUCUGACACCGUUCUCUGCUUCCACUCCUUGUUUUGGGAGGCGGCAGCACAUCUCUCUUCCAGGGACGCUGCGCCUAGUCUUUGACAAUGAAGUUCAACUUGUUCAGGCCACAGGCUGUGGCGGCCGCUGAGCCCACCGGUGUCACCACCGUAACCAUGGCUCCCACUCCGGCUGUCGUCUCCACCUCGGUGCCGGACACCUCUGGCUCCAACAACACCGAGAUCAGCAAGAACGACAUGUUUGAGGAGAUCAAGAGCAAAUUCCUAAAUGAAAUUGACAAAAUCCCGUUGCCGCCUUGGGCUUUGAUCGCCAUCGCCGUGGUGGCCGCGUUGCUCAUCCUCACCUGCUGCUUCUGCAUAAUCAAAAAAUGCUGCUGCAAGAAGAAGAAGAACAAGAAAGGGAAGAAGGGCAAGGAUGGCUUCAACAUGAAGAACAUGCAGGGCGAGAUACACCAGGACGACGAGGAUGAUGACGAGGGAGAGACCGGCCUGACGGAGGAGGAGAAAGAGGAAGAGGAGAAAGAAGAAGAGAAACUGGGGAAGCUGCAAUAUUCUAUAGAUUAUGACUUUGAAAAUGCAAAGCUCACGGUCGGCAUCCUUCAAGCUGCGGAUCUCAUAUCCAUGGACUCAGGUGGAACCUCCGAUCCUUACGUGAAAGUCCAGCUUCUGCCUGAGAAGAAGAAAAAGUUUGACACCAAAGUCCACAAGAAAACACUGAACCCUGUCUUCAAUGAGACAUUUGUAUUCAAGGUGCCCUACGAGGAGCUCGGUGGGAAGACUCUGUCGAUGUCUGUUUAUGACUACGAUCGGUUUUCCAAACAUGACGUCAUCGGAGAGGUGAAGAUUCCCAUGAACACCAUCGACCUCGGGCGGCCGAUCGAGGAGUGGAAGGAUCUGGAAAGCGCAGAUCAAGAAGAGCCUGAGAAACUCGGAGACAUCUGCAUCUCCCUCCGUUACGUCCCCACCGCCGGGAAACUCACCGUCUGCAUCCUGGAGGCAAAGAACCUGAAGAAGAUGGACGCCUGUGGAUUAUCUGAUCCUUAUGUGAAAAUCCAGCUGCUGCAGGGGGGUAAGCGUCUGAAGAAAAAGAAGACUACAGUGAAGAAGAACACCCUCAACCCCUACUACAAUGAAUCCUUUAGCUUUGAAAUCCCCCUGGAACAGAUGCAGAAAAUCCUGGUGGCGGUCACAGUGUUCGAUUACGACAAGAUCGGUAAGAAUGACGCCAUCGGAAAGAUCUUCGUGGGCAGUAAGGCGAGUGGCCUGGGUCUGAAGCACUGGUCCGACAUGCUGGCCAAUCCCCGCCGCCCCAUUGCCCAGUGGCAUCCGUUGCAGCCAGAGGAGGAUAUUGAUGGUCAGCUAGCAUCAUUGAAUGCAAAGAAGUAACACGCUCCCCAACCAGCUAAUGUACUAACUCAGAGUUCAAACCCGCACCCCUACUUUGCAUGAAACCCAUGACUUAACACGUGACGACUCGUCACGAAACCUGCUCAGCAAAAAAGAGACAUCUUAGAAUAUCCGCUCAUUCAUGGUUAAGUCGCAAAAAAAACACUCUUUUUAAGCAUCACAUUUCACACGUUAGUGUAUGCUGAGAAGAGUGGCGUUGAGUUAUCGGGUGACUGGUUCAUGAACGGUCGACUGUUGGUCCUUCUUUCAUUUGAAGAAACUUAGAAACUGAUUCUUAGGGUGCUGACACUGAACGAAAGUCUUGGUGAAGACAAUGCUGGAAAUAAAGCUUUAGUUUAGUUUAUAGAGCAUGCUUUACUUACCUCCCCACUGCUCUGCAUAAACCACGCCCAGUAUUGUAUCUUGCUAUUAAGUGUGCUUUUACCUGUAAUAGAGAGUAUUGUAGUAUUGGGUUAUUUCCUGCAUAGAGUCUGUUUUAGUCUAUUGACGCAAAGAUAUUUAAUUGAGAAUGAAUGAGGUCAAGAUCACUGAAUGCAGAGGUCCAUGUUGCAAUAUAUUUUUAAGAUAAAUCUGCAUGAAUGAUUGUCUUCAUUUUAUCAGCUGACAUUUGAGAGGGAUACACAAACAGUAGCCUACAUAACACGGUAUGGAGCAGCUGUCUAUUCUGAGUUGCUUGUUUUGUGUUGCCAUGAAGGCAAUGCGUCUAUGCAUUUAGUUCCAACACACAUCUCUGUGUCUUCAGACAGAUCUAAUGUAGGACAGGAAUACAAGGGUGCCUUUCCUGAUAUGACACUUUGAGAAAUAAAGUAAGCUUCAUUGUUUAAUUUCGAAGGGAAACUUUUGAAAAUCAUUCAGAAGUAGUCAGGGACACUGUGAAUGUGCCAUGUGGAAUCUGUCUUGAGCUGGGUUGACCACUUGGAUGUAAAACCUUACUUAUCUGUGGACAAAGUAAGGCUACAAAAAGGCUUAUCAAUGAUGUUUAAACCAAUUAUGACUAAGCUUCUUUUAAAUUCUGCUCUUGCUUGCGAUAAACAGUGCCAUCUCACUCAUUUUUCUGUUGAUAUCCACUUAACGGAUUAUGUGUCUUUCUCUGACGGCUGUUGUAGCUUACCAAACAUUCUGCAGUACACUUCAAUACACCAAUAUUUUUUUUGGUGGAGCAACAGGAGGAUUUCUGUCAAAGACAAGAUGUUUUUAUAAAGAACGGAAAUUUGAAUUGUAGAAGAUGUAGCCGCACCUUUUUAGAGUGAUAUUUCAAGUACAAAAUGCAAGAUUGUAGAAUCUCAACAGGGCACGUGUUACAUAAAAAACAUACAACACAAUACACAUAUGUUGGACCAUUUUGCUGCAGAAUCUAGCAUGUAUCAUGCCUCGCAGUAUUUCAUGUUGUUUAGAUCGCUCACUCCACGGGCCAAACGCUUUGUAAACCUUGGGCCAAAGUGCUGCAACAUAGUGGUGAUUACAACUUCAUCACAGGCAUACGCUGUUAGACUGGUGUGCAGAGCUACGGAGGCAAAAAAAAGCCCAUUAGGAUUUGAAUCUUAUAUGUAACUAAUCGUAAAGUUUCAUUACUAAUAAAUACCUAAUGUUGACAUUUUAAUACUUCUGGAGUUAUAGCAUUGAAAUAUUUAACUUGGAGAACUAUUUGAAUUCAUGUGAUUUAAAUUUGCCACCUUGACAUCUCAAAGACAACAUUGUUUUUUAGAUGAAUUCACAUUAAAAAUCUAUGAACAAGUUGCUCUAAUUCAGUUGGGUAAUUUUUGGAUCAGAAAGGAGUUCAUUUAGACACCAAAAUUCAGGAUGAAAACCUAAAAUCUUGAAAAUGUUGGCUACCAAAGCAAAAAAAACAAAAAAAUCCCCAUAUUAGUUUCUAGGAGUAAAAUAUAGACACAGAUAGUUUUUUAUUUAUUGUCACAAUAACCAAUAGUUACAAAACUAUAUUGUAGCAGUAGCUAUAUUUCUAUAACAUGCUGUUUGAUAUAAUCGACUAAAGAGAAGCUCAGAUGAGAGAUGGGACAUUGAGCACACUUACAUUGUCAAUCAGAAUUUAUGAACCCUCCUGUAGUCCUUGGGUCAAAUUUGACCCCUUUAAAAAAUGUCUGUAUCUUAAAUACGGGUUUCUUUUUAACCAAAUUACCCCAAAAAAUGGAUUGGAUUCCAUACAACGCUCUUUGCAAAUACAAUUGAUCACUUUCAUUCCUGACUAAACUCAUCUGUAUGUUCCUCUGAGCUCAAAAUGAGGUAUAAUUCUACGUAAAUGAGGGUUUUUGACCAUGAAAUCCAAAAAGUACUGUAAAACUAGUGGCAGUAAGGGGGUGUAAGUGAAAACUAAAAAAAUCACGGAAAUUCAAGCUCUUUAAAAUCAGAAAGUUGGUUUUCAAAAUAAAAAUUUGAAUUCCGUAAUUUCAGUGGUAUUUCAAUUUCAGCGUUAUAUAUUGAAUAUUCAAAGCUUUUAAUUAUUACUGCCUUGCUUUGCUUUCAUGGGAGGCCAUAUUGUCACCAGAAGUCAUUCUGCAGAAGGCUAAACAUCAGCACACUGAUUGCUCCAUGCACAGCACCACAUCCUCCUAUUGUUAAUAAGCUACAGCAUGUAUUCACAAGAUGAUGUAAAUAGUAGCAUGUUUUAAAGAGGAACCAUAAUUAUAUUGUGUAUGUGUGUUUGUGUUCUGUGUCAUUUUUGAUAAUAAAAUGGAGUAAAAAAAGAGUAUGCACUGACUGCAAAGUGUACGUAUUUUUGCUGAAUGAGACUGAAGAUAUGUCUGAAUAUCCCAUGUGUUUGAUUAAAGCAGGGUUGCUUUGUGAAUCAUAUGUAAAAAAUGAGAAAAAAAAUCCAUAUUUGCCAUAAUACUGCAUGGUUGUCUGGUUUUCUGUCAUUGUUUGUAUGUGUCCUCUAAAACCAAACCUAAACUCCAUCCGGUCUUCUGAUAUGCUUGGGCUACAAGUCAUGUAAUUAUUGUUCAUUUCUGCUUGCUUGUGUUGGUCGCUGACCGGUAAACUGUACAUAUUUCAAAAAAAGGAGAACAUUUGCCGGCUUGGUGAUUUUCUAUCUCAGUGUACCAUAAGUGUUGCCUUCAUUUACUCCUGCCAGAUGUAGUUACAGUGGGCAACUUAAUCAUUUUCCUUCAUUAAACUGUACCUUCUCAUCUUAUUGCUAUUCAAAUAAACCUGCUUGCAUAUGUCUGAUUAUACUUUUUAACAAGAGAAAUAAUUCAGUAACUUGCAUAUAAACUAAACUAAACUUUUAAUGGCAUUAGACAGUAUUUUAUCACUAUAUAUUUGCCAGAUUAGUUCUGAGAAAUAUUAUUACUGCAUAUUAUUGAUGCAGUCCUCUUAAGGAGCUCCAGUCAUGUAACUAAGCAAUCAAUAAUAUUUUCAUUCCAAAUGCCUUCUCAUGGAUGAACACACAGUUUGACUAAUGGAUUGCAAUGGGAUGAGCUGGUGUUUUGUCACUUGUGCAUGCUCUGAGAUAUUGAUAAUGUGUCCACUGUGUCAUUUCCAAUGUUGGGAUUUAUUAACCCUGUGUGUUUUUUGUUUUUUUUAGUCACUGUCAUUUACUGUCAGAGAAACCUUUAUUUACAACCUACAGUGCAUGAAGAUGAACAAUCUUUAUGACAGUCCUUUCAUCAUCUUUUAGAGUAUAAUUCAGCAAACUCUCUAUGUACACAGGGCUGAGAGGAAUUUACAUAACACACACAUUUUUCAUGUUCAAUGUUGAGUCUAUUCUGAAGUUUCAAUUCCAUAGUGUGGUGGCAAAAUUAAGUUCAGAUCAUGGAGGACCGCCAGCUUACAUCCUUUUCACCAUGUGUGUCGGGUCAUCCUUUGCUGGGGGUCAUUUAAUAUACUCACUCUCAUCUAUGUAUAUACAUACACAAAAAACAGGAGACAGAAUCGAAUGGGAGCGCAUUUAUACAUACAUACAUACAGUACAUACAGACAUACUUACAGUACAUGCAUACAUACAUACAUAUACAUACAAACAGCACACACAGACACAAAUACAGUACAUACAUGCAUACAUACAUAUAUAAAUGCACUCCCAUCAGAUUCUGUCUCCUGUUUUUUGUGUAUCUGCAACAGGACCAAUAGAGCCUGUAUUUGUCUUAUGGCGUUGUGUAAAUGGACUGUAUGAGUCUUUCACGUUUCUGCAAUGCAGGCAACAAAAUCCCCGUCUUCCUGGGUCUCACAAGCUAUAUUGAGCACAGAGCAGACCCAAACAGUGCAGAACAAUAUUCGCAAUGCAAUACUGCCAACCUGCUGCUUCAAUAAUGCUUCCUCUUUAGUCCUCUUUUUUUUAACAUAGCCAUGAUACAGACCACCCAAAGGCCUGAUCCUCAUCCGACCUACUCCAUCGGGCAUUCACUUUCCGAGCGACAUAGACGAGGGAAAUGCUUGAACAGCUUUCUUGACUCUUGUUUUUGUCUUGUUGUAGAGGUGUGUCAAUAGUUGUGCCUUUUUGUGAACUGCAUGAUUUAUUUCUGUACAAACUCCAUGUUUUCCAGCAACAACAAAAAAGGGAACAAAAAGACCACACAACUUGUACUCAUUAAUCACUCUAUGUAGAACUGAAAUACUCAAGGGAACCAAAAUAUGGGAUGUGGUCAGGACAUAUCUGUGUGUUGUCUAAAUGUAAUCUUAGGAAAAUAAAGGCAUUUUAAGUA